AUGCCAUCUCGUCCGUUCUGGUGUCAUCAGUGCGCCACGGUGCGGUCGUUAACAGCUCCUUCGAACGAUGCAGAAGCAGCGGAGGUCAUCUGCGCGUGGUGCGGCGGCGGAUUCGUGGAGGAGUUGACAGCUGGCAGCGACAUCGACGGCGGGGAGCACGGCGGCCACCACAGAUGGAGCCACCGCGGAUCCGACCACGCGCGCGGUGCCGCUGCUACUCCCGCGCCCGUGAUUGACCUAGCGGAGGAGUAUACGGGCAACGCACAUGCCAGCAACGCGCAUGCCGGCAGCGCGCAUGCCGGCGCGGCGAGCGGGUUCGCGAGGGAGGCGCGUGAGAGCCCGUUCGCGUGGGACGGCGAGAGCGCGGGCGAUGCGGAUGUCAGUGCAGGCGAGACCGCCAGGGUCGCCGCCGUCGCGUCGCUCCGCCCCGAGCGGCCCUUCCGCGGAUUCGUUCGCCGGCGGCACGUCGGCGUGGGUGCUGACGUCAGGUCCCCAGGCCCGUCUGCCGGCGAAGCAGCGUUCCGAGAGUCCAGCGGGUGGGGCGUGCGGCCCGCCGAUGAUGACGGCCGCGCUGCGCAUGCCGCCGCUGGCGUUAGCCGUAGUGGCAGCGGUGGCGGCGGCGGCGCCGCCAGUGGUGGUUCUUCCGCGGCCGCCGCUUCCGCUGCGGCUGGAGCGAGCGGCGAGGCGGAGGAGGGCGGCGAGCGGCACGGCGCGGCGCGGAGGCUGGAGGGCGCGUAUCUGGGGCUGGCGAGGAUGCUGCGAGACAUGGACGACCGCGUUGACCACGCUGACGUGGCCAGUAGGGAACCAGCUGCGUACGGCAGAGGGGGACUGACGGGAAGGGCAGGGGGAGCGGCGUCGGCGCGGUUGCGGCGCCUGCUGGCGCGCCUCGAGUCGCUCAACGCCAUCGUCGGCGGGCAGCUGCUGGGCGGCGCCGUUGCGGGCGGCGCGGCGGGCGGCAUAGCGGGCGCGGUGGGGGAUUACUUCUUCGGGGACGACUUCGACGCGCUCGUCGAGAGGAUUUCCGCUGACGACGCCGUCAGCACGCGCAACCCGCCCGCCUGCCCGGCGGCCGUCGAGGCGAUGCUGGUGCGCGUGGUGACCGCUGCUGACGUGGCGCAGCGGGAGGCGGCGGGCGAGGGCGAGCACGGGGAGGGCGGCGGGCUGAUGGACCCGUGCGCGAUCUGCAAGGACGACUACGAGGCGGGCGCCGUCACGCGGCAAAUGCCGUGCCGCCACGUGUACCACUCCGAUUGCAUCCUGCCGUGGCUGCAGCGCCACAACACGUGCCCCGUCUGCCGCUACGAACUGCCCACCGCCGACGCGCAGGACGCGCCGCAGCAGGGGCAGGGGCGGGGGGCGGAAGAAGCAGGGGGAACCGGCGCGGGCGGGGGAGCGGAAGCUGGUGGCGGCGGCGCAGCAGGGGGAGGCGAGGGGGAGCGCGGCGACGUUGAGUGGCACGAGAUGCACACGGAGAGCGGGGAGAGGGGCCGCGGGGGGUGGAGCGGCGGAGUGAGCGGGGAGGAGGGGGGCGGCAGCGGGUGGGAAGGCGGAGAUAGCGAAAGGGAGAGCGUGGGGUUCCGGUGGGAGUGGACGGAGCGGGAGCGGGAGAGGGAGAGAGAGAGGGAGAGGGAGCGAGAAGAGUGGAGGGAACGGGCGUGGGAGAGGGUGAGGGAGAGGGAACGGGAAAGGGAGCGGGAGCGCGGGGGACUGGGAGUGCGGGGAGUGUUGGGGCAGUCAGUGGCAGCGCGCGCCCUCAACAGGAACAGCAUCGGCACCCUGACCAGCCUGGUCAGCCUGGGCGCCGCCAGCAGCGCGCGCAGCUCGCUUCCUCGCGAGGCGGGGCGCGCGGGGAGAGGGGCGGAGUGGGAGGAGCGCACGCGGUGGGGAUGGGGGAUAGGAGGGGACGCGGGUGGGAGUGGCGCGGGUGGCGGGUGGGGGAGGGGCGGGUUGGGAGGUGCGGGGUGGGGGCUGAGGGGAGGGCGCGAGAGGGGCGUGAGGGAGGAGAGGGAGUGGGAAAGGGAGAUGCGACGAGAGGUGAUCCGGAAUUGGGGAAGGGAGGGGGAAAGGGGGAGUGAGAGGGAUAGCGAGAGGGAGAGUGAGAGGGACAGUGUGAGGGAGAGUGAGAGGGAGAGUGUGAGGGGUAGCGAGCGGGAGAGCGAGACAGAGAGGGAGCAGGGGAUGGACGUGCAGUGGUGGGGCGGGCAGGGCUGGUCCAGGGGCGCCCGUGUGAUGUCCCCCGCCGCCCUGCGCCACCACCGCCACGCCUCCCCCGCGCGCCUCGCCUCCCCUGCUCUCGCCGCGCCAGAGGCUCCCGCGGGAGCAGCAGCCCCUACUGGUGGCUUGGCGCAGCGGGCGCAGCUGCAGGGGCAGCAGGGGCAGCAGGGGCGGGAGGGGCGGGAGGCGCAGAGAGUGAGUCCGCGGACGGGCAGGCAAGCGGGGCUCGGGUUGUGGGGUGGCGCGGGGCAGAGGCAUGCAUGGGCGGACGUCACAGGGGGAACGGAGAGGCGAGGGGGCAGCAGAGGAGGCAUGGAGAGCAGCGUGAGCGAGUGGGGAAGUCCGUGGGAGGCGCAGCAGCAGAGCAGCGAGGAGGGCAGUGCGUGGUGGCGACAGGCCGGGGCGGAGGGCGCAGGCCAGAGGUGGGCGGGCGGACGGGCUGGGGGCAGGGCGCAGGGGGGAGAGGAGCAGGGGCAGGAGGAUGGGGGGUGGCAGGCAAUGCAGAAUGAGCAGAUGAGCGGGGGCGAGGGGGCGGGGGUGGGGGGCGUGGAGAGCGCGGAGGAGGGGGGUGGAACGACAAUGGCGCGAUGGAUGAGUGAGGGAGGAGACAGUGGUGGGUGGGAGUGGGAGGAGGGCGGAACGAGUAUGGCCGCGUGGGGUAUGGGAGGAGGGGAGGAGCAGCAUGAGGAGCAGCAUGAGGAGCAGCAUGAGGAGCAGCAUGAGGAGCAGCAUGAGGAGCAGCAUGAGGAGCAGCAUGAGGAGCAGCAUGAGGAGCAGCAUGAGGAGCAGCAUGAGGAGCAGCAUGAGGAGCAGCAUGAGGAGCAGCAUGAGGAGCAGCAUGAGGAGCAGCAUGAGGAGCAGCAUGAGGAGCAGCAUGAGGAGCAGCAUGAGGAGCAGCAUGAGGAGCAGCAUGAGGAGCAGCAUGAGGAGCAGCAUGAGGAGCAGCAUGAGGAGCAGCAUGAGGAGCAGCAUGAGGAGCAGCAUGAGGAGCAGCAUGAGGAGCAGCAUGAGGAGCAGCAUGAGGAGCAGCAUGAGGAGCAGCAUGAGGAGCAGCAUGAGGAGCAGCAUGAGGAGCAGGCGGAGGAGGGGGAAGGGGAGGAGGAGAUUGAGGGGGAUGACGUGGGGAGGGAGUGGCAAGUGGAUGGGUCGGAUGGAGGAGAGGGGCAGGAGGAGUGGGAGGAGGGCGAGGGAGAUGAGGAGCAAGACGAGGAGGAUGUGGAUGAGGAGGAAGAAGAAUGUGAAGAGUACUAUGAUGAGGAGGAGGAUGAGGAGGGGGAGGAGGAGGAGGAGGGGGAGGGGGAGGAGCAAGAGGAGCAGGAGGAUGAGGAGGGGGAAGAAGAGGGCAAGGAGCAACUGUUUUUUGACAGCAGUGCAGACCAUGAGGUCAUGCUGACGUCACACUAUCAUCAGCAUCUGCACUUGCCAUCCCCCUCCCCCCCCCCUCUCCCCGCCUCCAGCCUAUGGGCGCCGUCCCUCCCCCCCCUCCCUCAGCCCACGUCCCCCUCUCACUGCAUCACCUCCUCUCGCUGCAUCCCCCCCCCAUGCAUGGCACGCCCCCCCACUCCCCUCGCUGCACACGCACCUCUCUUCCUCCCCCCUGCGCUCCGCUCCUCCCCCGCGCCUGCCCUCCUCGCCCUCAUCCUUCUGCCCGCGCCCCCGACUCUCUCCCCGCUAUGCCUCCCUGCGCACACAGCCCCACCGACCGCCCUCACCACUCUGAGGUCCCUCUGCUGA